UUUCUGUUUGUUUCAUGUCUCCGACAGGCGCCAGGGCUGUCCUGAUCGCGGCUGCGGUACUUUUUGUUUCAAUCGGCAGCGUUGCCGCCCACAAUGGCUGUGGCUCAAGCGGCGCACUCGGUGCGUUCAUCCCGGAUGCCAACGUUCGCGAUCUGUGCAACAAACACGACGAUUGCUAUUCCACCUGUGGCGUGUCCAAAGAGACAUGCGACGGCCAAUUUCUCGCUGCACUCAAGAGCAAGUGCAAACUUUCCGGCACUUGGCUGUCCAAAACAUGGGACGCUGCAACCUACCCGCUUUGCAUGGCCCGUGCCAUCACGUACUAUGAAGGCGUGGCACAGCUCGGACACGAGGCCUUCAAAACCGCUCGCGAGAAGUGUUCUGCUGACACCGUAAACAGAGCCACUACUGUGCACGGCACAAUGUACGGCGGGCACAAGUAUGCGGCUGACUGGGGCGACGGCGAGAAAGGUGCCAUUCCAUCCGGCUGGCGUCUGGUUUCCCAGUCCGGUAAGCUGGUCAUGCUGGUCCAGGAAGAUGGCAACGUUGUCAUCUAUGGGCCUGGCAACACUGCCCUGUGGUCAACAAGGACCAAUGGACACGGCCAGGGCCCGUUCCGCCUCGUUAUGCAGGACGACUGCAAUUUGGUCUUGCGUGACAAGAACAACCUGGCCACCUGGACAUCCGAUACUGCCGGAAAGGGCGUCUACCCCUGUACUAUCGAACUGUAUGAUGACGGCCCAGUCAUUAUUGGCCAAGGCAAUGUUCCCGUCUGGCGUGGCGCGACUUUGAAGCUGUGAAAGCCCUGAGGUCGUGCGGCAUUCCAAGCUGCGCUGCAAAGAAGGAUCGCAGUCAGCGAAUGGCUGGAACCUGAAUGUAGCAGCAGUGCAUUUUGCGGUCGACCUUUGUGCUUUGCGCAUUUUCUGUUGUGCUGUUCGUCAAUGUUGGUGCGAUGUCUUGGUGAAACGGAUCGGAUUGGUUUCUGCUGUGAUGCUGAUUCUGUACAGUAUUUUAUUUUAUUUUGGUGUGUGUUGUCUUACACGAACAAACAAUCAGCUUUCGAAAUAAAUCAGCUCUCUUCUGUCUUGCC